AUGGCGAUAGAUCGGCGGCGCGAGGCGGCGGGCGGCGGCGGCGGCGGGCGGCAGCCGGGCCCGGCCGAGGAGAACGGCUCGCUGCCGCCCGGGGAUGCGGCGGCCUCGGCGGCCCUCGGAGCCCGCGCGGAGAUCCAGCCGCUGCCCGCGCCGCACCCCGGCGCCGGCGGCCCGCACUCGAGCCUCCUGUUGCUGGACUAUGACGGCUCGGUGCUGCCCUUCCUGGGGGGCCUGAGCGGCGGCUUCCAGCGGACCCUGGUGGCGCUCACCUGGAUCCCCGCGCUCUUCAUCGGCUUCAGCCAGUUCUCGGACUCCUUCCUCCUGGACCAGCCCAACUUCUGGUGCCGCGGGGCCGGCAAGGGCGCCGGCGAGCUGGCGGGGGCCACCGUCACCGGCCGCUGGGGCGACGCGGGCAACUGGACCAGCACCCCCACCGUCCCCUUCUCCACGGCCGCCUGGGGGGUCGCGGGCCACCGAAGCAACACCAGCGACACGCCACCCCUGCCGUCCCCUCCGGGCAAAGGAGACAAUGACUCCAAUUGCGACUGUCACGCGUGGGAAUACGGCAUCCGCACUGGCCUCGUCCAGAACGUGGUCAGCAAGUGGGAUCUUGUGUGUGAUAACGCCUGGAAAGUCCAUAUCGCCAAGUUCUCCUUACUGGUUGGAUUAAUCUUUGGUUACCUAAUAACUGGAUGCAUUGCCGACUGGGUUGGCCGGCGGCCUGUGCUGCUGUGCUCCGUCGUCUUCAUUCUGGUCUUUGGACUGACUGUGGCACUGUCAGUGAAUGUGACGAUGCUCAGCACACUCAGGUUCUUCGAGGGAUUUUGCCUGGCUGGAAUCAUUCUCACCUUGUAUGCAUUACGAAUAGAGCUGUGCCCGCCGGGAAAACGGUUCAUGAUCACCAUGGUGGCAAGCUUCGUGGCCAUGGCAGGCCAGUUCCUCAUGCCAGGGCUGGCCGCCCUGUGCCGGGACUGGCAGGUGCUGCAGGCGCUCAUCAUCUGCCCCUUCCUGCUCAUGCUGCUCUACUGGUCGAUAUUCCCAGAAUCUCUCCGCUGGCUGAUGGCUACCCAGCAGUUUGAGUUGGCAAAGAAGCAGAUCCUGUACCUCACACAGAAGAACUGUGUGAGCCCAGAAAGUGACAUCAAGGGUGUAAUGCCAGAGCUGGAAAAGGAGCUUUCCCGGAGGCCCAAGAAGGUGUGCAUCGUGAAGGUGGUGGGGACGCGCAACCUGUGGAAGAACAUCGUGGUCCUGUGUGUGAACUCGCUGACAGGCUAUGGGAUCCACCACUGCUUUGCAAGGAGCAUGAUGGGCCACGAGGUGAAGGUGCCACUCCUCGAGAACUUCUACGCCGACUACUACACCAUGGCCAGCAUCGCACUGGCCUCCUGCCUGGCCAUGUGUGUGGUGGUCAGGUUUCUGGGGCGCAGGGGAGGUCUGCUGCUCUUCAUGAUCCUCACUGCCCUGGCCUCACUUCUGCAGCUUGGGCUCCUCAACUUGAUCGGAAAAUACAGCCAGCAUCCAGACUCAGGGAUGAGUGACAGUGUCAAGGACAAGUUCUCCAUUGCCUUUUCCAUCGUGGGCAUGUUUGCCUCCCAUGCAGUGGGAAGCCUCAGCGUGUUCUUCUGUGCAGAGAUCACUCCCACCGUGAUAAGGUGCGGCGGGCUGGGGCUGGUGCUGGCUAGCGCCGGGUUCGGCAUGCUGACGGCACCCAUCAUUGAGCUGCACAACCAGAAAGGCUACUUCCUUCACCACAUCAUCUUCGCUUGCUGCACACUCAUCUGCAUCAUCUGCAUCCUCCUGCUGCCCGAGAGCAGGAACCAGAGCCUGCCCGAGAACAUCGCCAACGGCGAGCACUACACCCGGCAGCCCCUGCUGCCGCACAGGAAGGGGGAGCAGCCGCUGCUCACCAGCGCCGAGCUCAAGGACUACUCGGGCUUGCACGGCGUGGCCACAGGGGGCGACGGGCUAUCCGAGGGGGCCACCGCCAAUGGCAUGAAGUCCAUGUAGCUCGCUGGGCCACAUCACCGUCCCACCAGCCCCCUGGGGCUCAAAGGGCUGGGGGGUUACGCACAGGGUCGCGGGCAGGGAGCAGACACGGCCAGGGGAAGAAGUCCAACUGCCGCUGAUGCCGCUCAGGCGUGAGACUCUGGACCGGUGUGGGGAGAUUCUGUCUUGGAACAGGUCUGAGCAAUCAGACGCUUUGAAAAUAACCCUUCAGAGACUUUUUCUGCCAUUAAAUGUUUGUAUUUAUUUUGGUCAUUUUUACGAGAAGCACUUUAUUCCUUUUCCUCUCACUGAUCACCAAGUGGAACCUCCUCCGGGAGAGACCUGUCACUACGAAGUCCCUGUGAGUGUCAGGGUCUCCUCCCUGGAGGUCAGUGUGGUCCACCAAGAAGCCAGCGUUUGCCUGGGCAGGCUAGGCCCCACAUUCCCUGCCUAUGGACAGAUGUGCCUGUCAAGUGGAGCAUUCUUGGGACCUAUUUUUAGAGUGGAAUGUACAUGAAUGAGUCGAUCCGUUUUAAUUUUUUUUUUUCUUUCUGUUCAUAAGAGUCUCUGUCCCUAUGUUGGAGAAAGCAGCUCCCGAGUCUCAUCAAAGCCAGCCUGGCCCUCCCUUCCUGCAGAUCAUCCUUUUGUCUGGAGGCUGGAAGCUUCGUGGGGAAACUUCCACAUUUCACCAGAAAUCCUAAGUGAUCAGCACUCGCACUGGUUUUCUUGAUAGCAGGAUGGUUUCGUUAAGUCCACAAGAAGCAAAUGUGUUCAGGUGUGAGUCAUGUUACUCUCUGUCAAGACUCCUUCCUAGCGAGAGCUCAGCAGAGGAACUCCUCUUCCAGUCAGCUUUGUUGCCAGCACUACUUGAAAACAUGGCUACUCUCUGAACUACAAAUGGGAAAAUAACUGGAAACAUCUGACCCAAGAGGGAAUCUUGCUGUCCCAUAUGUGGCCGUCACCCACAUCUCAAGCACACCACCAAGCACACGCCAGCAUGUCACUCUUGUGUCACACCAGAACCCGGUGGCAGUCCACCUCAUGUCUUCCUGCUGUCACUCACUCAGCACAGAGGGGCCAAGGGCAGGCAUGCAGACUGCGCACAGAUGAGUCUGAAUGGCCUCAAGCCCCUUGAAAGCACCGAGGAGUGAGCAAAAGCAAGCAAUAACUCACCAAAGCUCAAUGCCUAUCUUGUGCCAGCCUCACAAGGUGUCCCUCACCUGUGUCUCACCUUGCCCCAGACAGGACACCAGGGCUGCUAAGAGACCAGCCUUCCGGCCCAGCGCAGCAGCUCUGGACACAUGGCUUCUCACAAACCAUAUGCCUUGCCCCUGGUGACACAUGACACUGUCAUGGACUGUUCUUCCAGGGGAAUUGCAGUCUCGGGCCUGUGUGGACAGUUUGAUAACUCCCAAAUGACAGCUGGUAGAAUUCCAAGGGCCAGAAAAGGGUUCAUUUGGUCUUCUUCCACCCGUCCAGCUGUUUCUUACUGCUUUGCCCACCUCUCCUCCACAUCUGUCCACACAUCAGAGCCGGCAGCUGUGAUUAAGACCUCGGAAGGACAGUGAUGAGGUCCCAGCAGCUGGCCCAUGCCCCCUUCAGUGCCUGGCCUCCCGAAAGUCUCACUUGAACAUCAACAAGUAAGAGGGUUGCUGUCUAUCUAGCCUGUCACUCCCGCCCCCCUCCACCCCUGCAAUGUCCAGCUCACCCUCUCCCUCCCUGAUCUCUUCAUUCUUCCAUGUUUCCAUGGCAGUCCACCUUCGCCUUUCUUUAGAUCUGUGCAGCCCUAGCGUGCCAAACUUGUGAAAUACCUUUUACCCUGUCUAUGGUGCUUGUUACCAAGUCAACUUGGCAGCAAGCUCUCCUAAAAACAGAUAAGAAGUACACACAGCCAUGAGCUGUAAGGCUCAAAGAGAAACCUGGAAACUGCGGCAUGCUGCUGGAUUUGUGAGGUGGUGCAGAGCACACUCCCACGAGCUCCCAUGUCCACCUCAAAGGACAAUGCUGAAAACUGCCGGCCAACACCGCCAGGACGCAUGGCUGCAGCAGUGACUAGUGGAGAAGCCACCCUUGAGGCCAGGACUAGAGGACCAGCAUCCAGAGUUGUUCAGGGUCUUGGCCAGCAGGAGGCCCCCUUGCUCCCUCAGGGGGCCGCCUCAGUGUUCUGCUUCCAUUCAAGGGAACCUCAGGUGCCAGAGCAGGAGCUCACCUGUGGACUAAGCCUGUGUGAUCCGACCAAGUCCGGAGGGCAGCAGAGCACCCAGGCCUGAGACACCCUGCCUUGUUCCCCCGGCACCUGGCACCCAGCACCAGGCACCCGGCACCAGACCUAAGCUCCUCGGUCUGUCUUGUGCCCCUCGUGGGUAUUAGACACUUCUCAGGCACCAGCCCUUUCUACUGGGCCUCUUCACCCUGGGGAAAAUGGCAGAACCUAUGUCCUCCCUCUAUUCUCCACCCCUGCACAUGUUUUUAUAAAGUUAUGCACAAAUGUGAACACCUGAAAUGGGGCUGGAUAAUUCAUUUCGCUCCUUUCCUGAAGUCAAUUAUCAAAUAUUCUAAUCAUUAGCACCCAAGACAAACAGGAAAAAGGUUUACAUGUUUUUUUUUGUUUUCUAAGACUAUAAUCACCUGCAGCUGGAGAGCAGGGCUUGUGAGUGGUCUGGUCACAAAACAGCAGCAAAACCAGACUUCAUAAAUGAAGUAUCACAUCAGAACACGACCACUCCCCAAGCCAAAUGAGGUCCAUGCACUGGAAACGCCACGGAAUAAGCUCCGUGACCAGCACACCCACAGUCCCAGGGUGGCACAUGGGUCGGGGGAGGCCUACACUUCAACUCCUUUUGAAGGACACGACCUCACUUUAUGUAUCGUGUGUGUUUUGGAGAAGCAGUAUGGUGUUUUGUCUAGUGAGGAACGCUUCCCUACCUCUGUCCUUCCUGCACCCAACCAUGUGCGGUUUACUCUAGAACAUGUCACUGCGCGUGCCGACAGGCGCCUCUGAGGUACUUGUCCAUAGCACAAGCUUAUGUUGAGUUCUGAAUCGUUAUUUGCAGCUACAUGUCUGCAUGGUGUCACAUCUGUUGUACCUUUGGGGAAAAUUCGUUAUGUACAUGUACAGAAAUAAAAAUGUUGCCCCAAUAACA